AUGAAUCAGCGAGAGCUGCCAGCAUCUUUUUUCAAAUUAGGGCUUAUUUUCGGGAAUACUUUCCUUGGAAGAUCAUUCGACAAUAAAGCAAGGACUGGAGGCAUUGGAUUCAUUGUCAAGAAAGAAAAAGUUCCAAGGAUAGUCAGCUGUGACAUCAUAUCACCCUGGAUAGCAGUUCUCAUGCUUCAGACAAAACAAAGGAAAACUAUUAAAAUUAUUCAGGUGUAUGCUCCCAUGCAGCAAGUGGAAGACGAAGAAAUGGAACAUUUCUAUGAAGAGCUGGAGGAGGUAAUGCAGAAAAGAUCCACCUACACAGUUAUCCAAGGGGACUUCAAUGCAAUAGUAGGUGGAAAGGAAAGUGAGAAAGAAAAGUAUGUGGGAAAAUUUGGUAAAGGUGUAAGAAAUGAUCACAGAGCAUGUCUGGUUGCAUUCACAGAGGUAAACCAUCUCCACACAAUGAACACAAUAUUUCAAAAAGAAGAUCAUCGGCACUGGACAUGGAAAAGCCUGGCUGGAGUCACACUGAAUCAGAUUGAUUAUGUAAUGAUGGAUACUAGAAGAACCUUCAAUGAUGUAGCGACAAUAGGAGAACAAAUCAUUUUCACAGGCUCAGACCAUUAUAUAUUGCGCUCAAAACUAUGUGUUGACAAUGUCUACGAAGACUGAGUUAAGAAAAGCCAGAAACCAA